UUUUGUUGGGUCUCAUGAAGAGAAUGGCUGUUCCCAGCGACUCUAAAAGUCUUCAAAAACUUCACGAAUCACCCAAAGAUGAAGAAACUUUAAAAACCUUUACAGAAUCAGCUAGUAAUACUGGUGCUUCACUUGGAGACAAAAAGUGUUGGAAUUGGAGACAAGUUUUCUUUUCAAAGGCUUAUUGGGGACUCGUGUUGCUUCGGUUGAUUUUGUUAUGGUCUCCAGGUUAUAUUUCCAGCGAUGAGUAUUAUUAUACGGACUGGGCUAGUAGAGAUGUAUUGGGUUUGCCCGUUGUUGUUCCUGAGGAAAUGGAUCUCAGUCCUCCUUGUCAUUCAGCACUGGCAAUGUUUCUCAUAUCAGGUUACCCUUUGUAUCUAUUCAAGUUACUUAAACAGUCUCUCAAAAUAGAACACUAUUUGGUUAGUCUCUGUGGAAGCAACUUUGCGAAUAUUAUCUUUCGAUCGGGUUUAGCAAUAUUUUUGCUUCCCCGUAUUGUUUCAUUUCUUCUAUCCCUGUUUCAAGAUAUUUUAAUCCUAAAGCUUUGUGAGAGGAAAAAGUCUUUUGCAAGGAAUGCAUUGUUUGCCUUUGGUCUUUCUUGGCCAGCAUUGUGUCUAUUUCCAAGACCGACCACUGCAAUAUGGCAGUCGAUCUGUCUCUUAAUGAUACUCUUAUCUCUUUUACGUGUAGAGAAGAUAAGAAAUGUUUUUUCUCUUUAUGCUUUUGCCACAGCUUUGGGAAUAUCCAUCGACCCAACUUUUAUUAUAUAUGCUGCAGGUCUAUUACCUCUUCUUCUAUUCGGCUCCAAUGCUUCCCUUAAGAAGUAUAUGAUCGCUGUUUUCAUCGGCUUGGUUACAUUUCUAUUCACGUGUUUCAUCUUUAUUCUAUUUGACUCUUUCUACUUUGGUACUUUGUACAUUUCCCUAGCAGGAAAGGUUAUCCACGAUCCACUGGAAUUGUGGAACCAAUCAACAGAUUUUCUUUCUCAUCAUCAUUCAUCUUUGAAAGAGUUGUUGUUUGCUAUUUCUCUACGAGGCAAAUUAUUGGUAACUAGUUUCAAUUAUUAUGCGACAGUGGUUCCUUGGAAGUCUUGGUUACGUUUUCAGUUUCAAACUGAUUUUACGCAUAUUUUGUAUCAUUUACCGGUGUUGAUGGGUCCCUGUUUGUUUCUUUUAUUCGGAUAUAUGGCAAGCAAUUCAACCAGCAUGUACAAAGAGUUGAUGGACGAAUACAAAAAGAUGACCGCCACAGAGUCCAAAAAAAAGAAAAGGAAAAGGGCAUCCAAGUCGUCUCAAUCCAAGAAACAACAAGAAGAAGCCUUUUUUGAACCCAUCGAGUUGGCCAUCAUGUUGGCAUUCUUUGCCUUGUCGUUUUCGCAUCCACAAGAAAUCACUCAACUAGCACCCAUCAUGAUAUGUUUAUCCAUGAUGACUGCAAAUGACGUGUUCGGUGCGAAGAAGAAAAGUUGGAUGCAGCAUUUGUUUAUCGCUUACAGCGUUACCGGUAUCGUGGUUUUUGGAAUAUUGCAUCAAAGUGGAGUGGUGUCUUGGUUAUUACGUGAAAGUAUUCAACCCACAGUGAAUGCUUCCCAUUUGGUAUACUAUCGAACGUUUCGCCCACCUCCAAGUUUACUCGGUGAAAAACUUGGACAGUUUCAGUUGUAUCAUUUUGGAGAAAAUGUGACGUCGGAACAACUCUUAUCCUUUUUGUCCGACCUAGAAACGAUGAGUAACGACCAGCCCAUCUUUGUGGGUACAUCAGCUUCUGUGCCUUUACAUUAUGACGAAUUGCAAGCGCAGAAAACAUUACCAUUUCAUUUAACUGUCACAGACUUGCCUUCAACUUCUUAUGGUCUAUUGACUGAAAGCAAAUUUGUGAUAUAUCGCUAUUGGUCAAGAAUAUCAGCAGCAGUACAUGAUACUACAGUACAUGAAUAAAGCAUUUAAAAACACAAAUAUGACAAGGCUGUAUUGGAAUAAUAAACCUUCUCAUAACAAC